UAGAUUGAUGAAACCGCCUAUUAUCAAGGAGCAGCAGUUUAUUGGAAAACCUUUAAUCGCACUAUAACAAGUACUCCACACAAUUGAGGAAGACUGUAGUGCUGGUGACAUUAACUGGUAAGUACCACAAACUGAUUGUCAUCUUUUUUUUCUACCGGUUACAGAUAGAUUUUGAACUUAACGGAUAAAAAGGUGAUAGAGACAGUGCAACAUAUGGUUAUCUGUGGUGCUGCUGAUCGGAGGAAAUGUUGUGAUGACGGUCCGAAACGUGCGAAACGCCAUUAAAAAUCCCCCACUUAGAGGCAAUGGACGCUAUCAUCCCAUCUGGAAACAAGAUUCUAUUUUUACCUACUUUUGCAGAUUUUUGCGGUAGUGAUUACCCUUCAUGAAAAGCUUCUGUUCUAAAAAUAAAUUGGUUGCAGUGAUGAAAAAUCCAGGAGAUAGAGGGGAAUGAAUAAGUGUAAAGUUUCAGCCUCGCAGCGAAACAGUCGCACUCAGCUCCUCUUUGAGACCAAACCUAACGGCAUCACACCAUCUUUUCCCGAGGAAGAUGUUCAGAUUUCUACCAUUUAUAUAUCAAACGGAUUAGAGGGUACUUGAUUAUAUUUCAAAUUAUGUAAAUGAGCCUUAAUGGGAAGCUCCUACCGACUUGUAAAUGGUGUGUUGUGAUGCAUCUCCAGAAAACCACGAUUUCAUGGAGCCGUGGAGUACUGCCAAAUCGCAACUUUACAGAUUGAAUAUAUACGAAUGUGUUUGAAAGUGGUAAAACGGAUGCUUUUGCCAAUCAGCUGUCAGCAAUCGGAUCGACAAACAGUGGAAUUGUGUAUGAAGCUUUGGGAUUUUCACUAAAAGAUAGUGAUAUACACAGUUGUCUUAAGCGUUCCAGGAGAGUCGUUAAGCGAUAAAAACCGCUAUAUUGAAUUUCGAUUGAUUUGGCAUUAUAAACAUUAGCCUUAUGAUGACCGCCAUGAAUAAUGAAUUAAACAGGAGCUGAGGUAUCCGUGCACCUUUACGGCAUGGUGGAUUACAGUCCAACAUGAUCGUCCACGCAAGUAAUUUUACUGACCGUGUCAACUAUUCUUUCUGGGACGAGACCUUUAAUAACACUGUGUAUAAACCCUCGGGGAGACUUUCCGUGCCGAGAUGGGAGAGGGGAGGGCCGGACAUAGUAUCCGGGGUAUUCCUACUGAUUUUCACCGUCGUUGGAUCAGCGUUAAAUGUGUUCAUUAUCAUUGCAAUAGUCCCGAACCGUCGACUGAGAUCCGUUCGCAAUAUUCUCUUGGUCCAUCUAGCGGUGAUCGGGAUUCUUUCGUCUGUGAUAACAACGAUGUUUUCCUCUGUGGUCGUUCUCACCGGACGCUGGAUCGGUGGAGAAAUAUCAUGUCAAAUCUAUGGAUUCUUGCAAUCUAGUUUCACUUUAGUGACUGCAUGGACUAUAGCGGGAUUGAGCUGGGAUAAGUAUAAUACAAUCGCUUCUCCACUUCAUCAUUCUCUAACAGCUACCAUUAAAAAGAUGUCAUGUAUAUUUAGCAUUUAUUGGUUGUUUGCAAUCUUGAUAGCUCUUCCACCAUUGUUUGGAGGAAAUGAAUACGUAUUUCAUAGAAUCCAAGGAAUCUGUUUCAUAAACCACCUUCAUUUGCCGGGCCACUGGUACCUAGGUAUCGCUGUGGUCGUCAUGUUUUAUCUUCCAUUAUCAGUGAUGGUGUAUUGCUAUACACACAUUUUCAAAAUUGCACGGACUCAAAGCAGCAGGAUAGCUGCAACAAUGGUAAGAAUGGCAUGCGUGGUACAGGUUCCUAUUGCCCCCAACAGUCAAGCCACUCAGCUGAACUCCUCGUCCAUCAAAGGCACGAAAGCCAUGAUGACAAUAUUUCAGUUAAUAGGCGCGUUUGCUCUCACUUACAUUCCUUAUUCCAUUGUGAUAGUUAUCGAGGCGUGUAUUGGAAGGGAGUACAUUCACACGAUGGUGUUCUCUGUAGUGACGACUCUAUAUCAAGCGGCUCCAAUGACGAAUGGGGCAGUUUACGGCAUUAGAAAUAAAAUUCUUAGAAAUUCCUUCUACAAUUACACUAGGAGAAAAUUUCAGCAUCUUAGGUACAAAGAUAAAAGAAAGGGAAGUAUAAGAAGAACAUCGUCGUUUCGAAUGUCACUUUUGCAACGCAAAACUAAUCAAAAUGGCGAUGUGGGAAGUGGGCUCAGAAGGACCCAAUCGCUCCAACCCCGCCAUGUGCCAAGGAUACAAAAAGACAUUUUACAGCCACCGAGUGAUUCAAACAUACGCAAAGCGUACUCGUUUACACUAGGAAAUGGACACAUCAGUUUAGAACACCCAGUCAUAGAAAUUGACGAACCUAUUGGAUUCAGUGAAGUUUCUAAUAAGAGUGUUGAUUUUGUGGCGAAUCCCCCCUUGACUGAGAGUGAUGGUCAGUUAGUGCAAAUAAUUUAAGACUAAAAGAGAGGGUGACGCACAGUUUACAUUUUCAUUCUUUUUAUAUUUUUAUUAAGGUAUGUGCUCUUUUUAUAAUUGUUCAUUAUAACGAAAAUGAUAGUUAAUUGUAACAAGAAAGUAUAAGGGACCAACAAAAUUACCGAAAUAUGCCAAUUACUAAGUCCUAUCUUUAGCAGAAUUGCUAGAUGAUAAACUUUUUUUUAAAACGGGUUGAAAGUUCACAAAUCAAAAUUGUUUGUCUCUCAUGCUUGGAGAAACAGUCGAAAUAUACAGGAAAUAAAUGUUAAAUUAGACGGCCUUCACCUUGUCAAGUUGAAUUAAAAAGUUAGGAUUCAGGAAAUGGGCAAUGAUCAUAAGUAAGCGCCAGAUGCCAUAUCGGUAGCACAGUCGUACACGUGUUGUUCUGGGAGUAAUAUGUUAGAUUGUUCUGUUACUGUUGUGCUUGUUAUCAAUAAAAGUGCUAUUUAUUACGAAUUGGGUCUUAAUAAUUUUGGAAAAGACAAACCAUUUUAGAGGAUAGAAAUAGUGUUGUGUUUGGAAGAAUUCUCUAUAAAUGAAGAUUUUAGAGGAAUUAGAUUGAACGUAAAGAUGGUUGAUUGUAAACAAAAUUUACAAGAAUCUGAAUCUGUCUUGAUAAAACGAGCUAUGGCUGCAAAGAUUGGAGUAGAAUAGACAACUGGAUAGGGGAACACACAAGGUGCCCCCUAAUACAAUUAACGCUAAUCGUGACGGGCCUGUUUACUGUGUGGAUGAUAACUCAAAGACUGUAUUAACAUCAUCCCAGUCUAAACGAUUGAUGUGUGGGUUUUUUGCCACUAUAAAUGCAAGUCCUGUAGCAAGAUGCAUUUGUCUGUUAAUACAAACUCCGCGAUUUCUCUUCUAUGUGUUAGUGUUAUAUUGAAUAAAAGGAUUGGGGCAUUUACACCUUAGGGCUAUACCUAAGUCAACGCUAGUGGUAGAGUUGUUCUGCUUCUUACUGAUAAUUUGCUUGCUGGUAAUUCUCCUCGUAAAAAUCUUGUCAGAUAUUGAAAAUGUCAAAAUUACUUGAAUUUCUACUUCAGCCUACCACAGUUAUAUACUAGUAAUGAGAGAAAUUUUCUUAGAAAAUUAAAAAAAAAUGAGCUGUAUCAUUGCAAUAAAAAAUAUCAAUUCUGUU